UUGUAAACCGGAUGAGACAGGCCCAGCCCAUGGGUUGGGGGUGGGUAUAUCUAGGUUAUUAAGUUUCAACGACUGCAGUCGCACGCAGACAGAGCAAACUCGUGUUUGAGAUUACUUCAGUAAUCAUGGCUGAUGAGGAAAAUGUUAACGCUAUCAAGGAAGAGGCUGCUGCGGAUAUUGCCCCAUUCGAUCCUUCAAAAAAGAAGAAAAAGAAGAAAGUUGUGAUUCAAGAUCCUGCCGAUGAGCCUGUGGACAAGCUAGUUGAAACUACAGAAUCUGUCACUGAAGGACUUGACACUGCUUUUGCUGGUUUGAAGAAGAAGAAGAAGAAACAGGUUCAGACUGAUCUGUUGGAUGAUGAGAAAGAAAACGAGGCAGAUGAUUUGGCUGAUGACAUUGGAGAAGAUGAAGAAGGAGAAGGCAUUAUAUUGCAACAGCAGUUACCAUGGGAAGGAACUGAGCGAGAUUAUGAAUAUGAAGAGCUCUUGGGCCGAGUGUUUAAUAUUCUUCGUGAGCAUAAUCCUGAACUUGCUGGAGAUAGAAGGAGAACGGUGAUGAGGCCUCCACAAGUUCUUCGUGAAGGGACUAAGAAAACUGUUUUUGUGAACUUCAUGGAUCUCUGCAGAACGAUGCAUAGGCAACCGGAGCAUGUAAUGACAUUCUUGCUGGCUGAAUUGGGUACAAGUGGGUCACUUGACGGACAACAAAGAUUGGUAGUUAAAGGAAGAUUUGCCCCAAAAAAUUUUGAAGGGAUUCUGCGACGAUAUAUUAAUGAAUAUGUCAUUUGCAAUGGCUGCAAAAGUCCAGAUACAAUUCUUUCAAAGGAGAAUCGUCUUUUCUUUCUUCGUUGUGAAAAGUGUGGUUCUGGUAGGUCUGUUGCUCCAAUCAAGGCUGGUUUUCAGGCUCGUGUUGGUCGUCGAAAGGCUGGAACCUAGGUCGUGCUUGUCACAUCUAUGCCCAAUUUGUGUGUUCACUGAGUUGUGCUUGUCACAUCUAUGCCCUCUAUGUAUUAGUAUGUUCCAUCAAAUUUUAUUGACUACCUGUUCAUAAUGUUUGAUGACAUUACAGAAGUCUUGUGUAUUUUGAGAUAUUUGAGUACUGAACUCUGUGAUUAAGCAGUGUGAUCA